UUGUUUGUAAAGGAAGAGAUUUAAAUAUGCAAAUACUUUCUUUACAUUUUUCAAUGUAUACCGUUGGUGGUAUAUGGCGACCUGUUGAAUGGUCAUCGGAUGGUGCCAAGCUGCUGUAUAGUAUAUUUACCUUUAUUAUAGUAUCUUCGGAAUACUUUUUGAUGAUAACUCAAUUUAUGGAUAUAGUACUUGUUGUCGACAAUAUCGAUGAUUUUACCGCUAAUACUCUAAUGUUUUUGACUAUUGUUGCUGUUUGUUGUAAAGCGACGGUCGUUGUUGUGCGUCGGAAUGCGAUCAUCAACAUAGUGCAAUUGUUGUUGAAAGCACCACAUAAACCUCGAAACGAGGAUGAAGUAGCUAUCCAAACGAAAUUUGAUAAGUUUAUCAGAACGUUUACGUUAAGAUACACUUUUUUGGCGACGGGCUCCAUUACAGGCCUCACUCUAGGAUCAAUAUUAAAUGCUAUGCAUGGUCAUUUACCUUAUCGAGUAUGGCUACCAUGGAAUUACGAUAUACCUCUGGUGUUCUGGAUUAUAUCUAUUCAUCAAAUCUUAACUUUACUUUUCGCCUGUAUCAUAAAUGUCGGGACGGAAACUCUAGUUCUCGGAUUGCUCAUACAAACGUGCGCCCAACUUGAAAUUUUCGAAAGUCGUCUUCACAAAUUUAUAAUUAAUAAAACAGUUAAAGAUCUGGGACAUACACUUUCGACGUCGAAUAAGAACGAAGUAGGGAUAUCGGAAUGCGUACAUUAUCAUCUCAGCAUUUACAAAUUCGCGAAAACGGUAAACGUCAUAUUCAACCAGGUGCUCUUCGUUCAGUUUUUUUCUAGUAUAAUAGUAUUAUGUACAUGUGUAUAUUACUUGUCAACCCAUACUGCGGAACUGUCUGGACUUGUGUCUUUUUUGGUAUAUACGAUUUGCAUGUUUGCACAAAUUUUCGUUUACUGCUGGUCCGGAAACGAAGUCAUACUUAAGAGUACGAGCAUAGGAGACACUAUAUAUCGUACAGAUUGGCCACUGCUAUCAAUCAGAGAGAAAAAAGGAUUGCUCAUGAUCAUGAUGCGUAGCACUAUUCCUAUAAAGUUCACGAGCAGCUUCUUGAUAACUCUAUCCCUUCAGUCUUACAGUAACGUCAUCUUUGUUGUCAAAAACCUAGCAGACUUGAUCUCGUGUUGCUAUGUUUCCCUUGAUCUAAUCGGCUUAUUGUCUAAAGCGAGUACUAUUGUAAUCUAUCGCGAUCGGAUUAUUAAUUUGAUCAAAAUACUGCAAGAAAAACCCUGCAAGGCCUGCGAUAAGGAAGAGAUUGAUAUUCAGAUGAAAUUCGAUCGUUUAAUCAGAUCAUAUUCUAUGCCUUAUAUAAUUGUGUGCUCGAUGUCGGCGAUAUGUUGUGCGAUAAGAGGAACGCUAUAUGUGUUAGAGGGCCAGAUACCAUUUGGGUACUUUGUGUGGGUACCUUGGGAUUGCACCUCGUUUCUUAUACUGUUCUUAACGUCUGUUCAACUGAUUGUAUCUCUAAUUAUUGCCAUAAUUGUAAUCCUCGCGUCGGAUACCGUAGUAUUUGGAUUUUGCUUACAAACAUGCGCACAAUUCGAAAUUCUGAAGCAUCGCCUUCAGAAAAUGAUAAAAUUCUCACAUAAUGAGAAGAAAGAGGAGGACACCCUGACAAGUUCGUUGAAUAUAUCGAAUAAAACGAGUAGAUUAGCGGAACACGUUUCCCAUCAUCUAUGUAUAAUCAGACUUGCCGAAAUGAUUAACGAUGUAUUCAGCCAAGUGAUCUUCGUUCAAUUUAGUAAAAGUGUUUUAGUACUAUGUACAUUAGUAUACAGUGUGCCUCGCAUGACAGUUACAGAUAUAGCUACUUUAGCCAGCUACAUAAUUUGCAUGUUUAUGGAGAUUUUUUAUUAUUGCUGGGCCGGAAACGAAGUCACACUUAAGAGUGCUGGAUUUGGCGACAAGAUAUAUAACAUGGACUGGGUACUGAUGACAAAUAGCGAACAAAAGGAUCUGUUGAUGAUUAUGAAGCGUAGCACGAAACCUAUAAAAUUGUCCAGCAGUUUUUUAGUGACAUUGUCGUUGGAAUCGUAUAGUAAUCUUAUGAAGACAUCUUUCUCUGUAUUUAACAUUAUGCAACAAUUUUAAUGUUUUAUUCGUGUCCUUUGGCAAUACACUUUAUGUACA